AUGAAGGCAGUUUGGACUAUCGACUCAGAUGAUCCGAAAAGAUUUGUGAACCCUGGAAAGCCAGGGAAAGCUUGUAACCUUAGAAUCAAUUUAGGGUUUAACCUGCUGCAGAAGAAUGGUCAGCUGUCCACUGUCAAUGGCUUAGCUGAGCAAGGAGAACUCAGCGUCCAGGAGGAAGCCCUGACUGGCCAGGAGGAAGAAGUCAUUGUCACAGAUGUUGGGCAGAGAGACACUGAAAGUGUGAGUGAGAGAGACUCAGAUAAAGAGAUGGCCGCCAACUCAGCAGUUGUUCAAGACAUCACAAAGGAUGGGCCAGAGGAAACACCUGAAAUAAUUGAGCAGAUUCCUUCUUCAGAAAGCAAUUUAGAGGAGCUAACACAACCUGCUGAGUCCCAGACUAACGACGUUGGAUUUAAAAAGGUGUUUAAGUUUGUUGGCUUUAAAUUCACUGUGAAAAAGGAUAAGAAUGAGAAGUCUGACGGUGUCCGAUUACUCACUGUCAGAAAAGAUGAAGGCGAAGGGACAGGAGAGUCGGAUGGGGCCGGCGACCACCAAGAGCCCAGCCGGGACACUGGAGAAGCAACAGCCAAAGAAAACGAACUGACACAAUCUACAGAGAAGCCCGAAGAGACUGGGAAACACGAGCAGAGUGACACAGACGUUUCUCUGCCAGCUGAGUCUGGUCAAGCAGCAGAGGAAGCCAAAGAUGGAGAAGAAAAACAAGAAAAAGAACCCACCAAAUCUCCAGACUCUCCGACCAGUCCGAUGGCCAGUGAAACGGCAUCGCCCUUCAAAAAAUUCUUCACUCAAGGUUGGGCCGGCUGGCGAAAAAAGACCAGUUUCAGGAAGCCAAAGGAGGAUGAGCUAGUAGAAGCUUCAGAGAAGAGAAAGGAACAAGAGCCAGAAAGAGCAGACACAGAAGGAAAUGAGAAGAGAGAAGAUAGUGCUGAGGAACGGGCCACCUCUGAACAACCACACCCACAGGAGGCCACAGACAGCGCCAGUGAUGCCAGAAUACCAGCUGAAUGUGAACAGGUGGAGCUGCCUUCGGAAGGUCAAGUGCAAGGAUUUCCUGAGGAGAAAUCUGCCCCUUUAGCAUCAGAAGUAUUCGAUGAAAAAGUAGAGAUCGUUGCAGAAGUCCACGUUAGCACCACCGAGAAGAAAACAGAAGAGCAGGAGGGUGAGGUGGAAGAAAUAGAACAGCCCUUGCCCACUGAAAAAUUGCUUGAAACCAAUGCCGAACUUCAGGAAGCGGCACCUGCCGAAGAGCUGGUGAAGACCAAAGCCGUGUGUGCCCCUGGAGGGGACCAUCCCCAGCCAGCCGAACCAAGUCCGGACGACAGAGCGUUGUCCACACACCCCGAAGGCAUCAUGAGUGAGGCGGAAAUGCUGUCAUCGCAAGAGAGAGUUAAAGUCCAAGGAAGCCCUUUAAAGAAACUGUUCACUAGCACUGGCUUAAAAAAGCUUUCUGGAAAGAAACAGAAAGCGAAAAGAGGAGGAGGAGAUGAAGAGUCAGGAGAACACCAGCAAGUCGCAGCAGAAUCUCCGGAUAGUACAGACGAGCAGAAGGGCGAGAGCUCGGCUUCAUCCCCCGACGAGCCCGAGGAGAUCACGUGUCUGGAGAAGGGCAUCGCGGAUCCGCCCCAGGAGGGCGAGGGCGAGGAAGGGAGCACCUCUGAUGGGGAAAAGAAGAGAGAGGGGAUCACUCCCUGGGCGUCUUUCAAAAAGAUGGUGACGCCCAAGAAGCGCGUUAGGAGGCUCUCCGAAAGUGACAAAGAAGACGAGUUGGAAAAGGUGAAGAGCGCCACCUUGUCAUCCACGGAGAGCGCAGCCUCCGAAAUGCAAGAGGAUGGAAGAGGCCACGGGGAGGAGCAGAAGCCCGAAGAACCGAAGCGCAAGGUCGACACUUCAGUGUCUUGGGAAGCUUUAAUUUGCGUGGGAUCCUCCAAGAAAAGAGCAAGGAAAGCAUCAUCUUCCGAUGAGGAAGGGGCGCCGAAACCGACGGGCGGAGAAGGCCAAAAACCAGACGAAGCGGGAAAGGACAGAGAAGCGGGCCCGGAUGCCCCGCUCGCGAGUUCCCAGGAGCAUGAUCAAGCGCAGGGAAGCUCCUCGCCCGAGCAGGCGGGGAGCCCCUCCGAAGGGGAGGGCGUUUCCACCUGGGAGUCGUUCAAAAGAUUAGUCACUGCACGAAAAAAAUCGAAGUCAAAACUGGAAGAGAAAAACGAAGACUCUGGAGCCGGAACCGGUGUAGAACAUUCAGCUUCUGAGGUCGAACCUGGGAAAGAAGAGUCUUGGGUUUCAAUUAAGAAGUUUAUUCCCGGGCGAAGGAAGAAAAGGUCAGAUGGGAAACAAGAGCAGACCGCCAUCGAAGAUACGGGGCCAGCAGAGGCCACCGAAGAUGAUGCCGACGUCCCAGCCGUAAUCCCUCUGUCUGAGUACGACGCAGUGGAAAGGGAGAAAAUGGAAGCACAGGAAGCCAGAAAAAGUGAGGAGAGGCCUGAACGACAGGUAGCGGUUUACGUCUCAGAGGAAGUCAGUAAGAGUCUGGUUCACAGACUGGUUGUGGCUGACAUUGACGGAGCGAGGGCCGUGACCAGUAUCGAAGAAAGGUCGCCUUCUUGGAUAUCUGCUUCGGUGACAGAACCUCUCGAACAAGAAGUCGACGAAGCCAAACCACCAGCCGGGCAGGUGUUUGAAAGAGAAGGCAUCGCAGAGGAAACUCCCAUCGUUACCAAAACUCUGCCCCAGAGCCAAGAUGCCGGUGAUGACACGAUCAUUAGUGAGGUGGAAUUAACUUCUGAAGCUGUGACCGCUGCAGAGACCACCGAGGCAUUUUGUGCUGAAGAAGCAACCGAAGCCUCCGGUGCCGAAGAGACCACCGACAUGGUUUCGGCUGUUUCCCAGUUAACCGACUCUCCGGACACCACAGAGGAAGCAACACCAGUUCAGGAGGUGGAAGAUGUGCCAGACAUGGAAGACCAGCGGAGGCGAACUCAAGAGGUCCUGCAGGCGGUCGCAGAAAAAGUCAGAGGAGACUCACAGCUGCCUGACACCAGAGGGCCAGAAGACACCAUUCAGACAAUGCAGAAGGCAGGAUCGAAAAAGCUGGAGAAGGUGGAAGAGGCGGAAGAGGAUUCUCCAGUGCUGGAUCUCAAGCAGGAGACGGAUGUAGUGUUGAAAGUACAGGUAGAAGAAACUAAAGCUGAGGAUUUGACACAAGGGAAGGUAAUCGUUCGGGCCACCCCAGAGCACGCUGCAGACGUUCCUCAAGUCACAGAGAGUGUAGAGUCCAGUGAGCUUACGGCCGCUUGUCAACCUGAAACCUUGGUUGGGGUAAAGUCAGAGAUUAUACUGCAACACGCUGUUGCCCCUGACUCGGCUGAAACACUUACAGACAGUGAGACCAACGGAAGCACCCCGGUGGCAGAUUUUGAAGCUCUCCAUAUAACACAGCAAGACAAGAUCACGGAAAUCCACAAAGAUAAGGAGGCUGCAUCUGUUACACAGUCACAGGUCACAGCAGCAGAGGCAGUUCCUGCGCCUAAAGAGAUGCCUCCAGCACCUUCUGGUUUUCAAUCCCAGGAAGACCGUGGAGAACAUUCAAAAUUGGAAGAGGCUCUAGACCAUACAGAUAAAGAGGUAUCCGUGGAAACGAUACUCAUUCUUUCAAAGACUGAGGUGAUUCAAGGGGCUGGCCAGUUUGCAGAUGAGGAUACCAAAGACGUACCAUCUGUUGAAGGGCCUGAGGUGUCUGCAGACACAGAAAUGACAGUCGAUGAGAAAGAGAUCAUUGAAGUUGCCCUGAAAGAUGAAGCUACUCCAGAAGCUGAAUUUCAAAAGAAUGGUUUUAAGCUCCAGAGUCCUGCUCAGUCUCUCCCAACCCCACUGGAGAGAGAGAUGGUAGUUCAAGCAGAAAGGCAGGACGUGGAAGCAAAGCUAACCCGAGUGAGUGAAGAGAAACUUGAGCAAACACCAGCCGAAGAGCUCGCUAAACCACCAGCUCAGACUACCCACGUGACCGUCGCAGACGGGGGAAAGGGAGCUACCAGUUUUGAAGAAAGUUCUCGGUUAGUUCAAGAGGAAGUAGUAUGCACAGAAAUUCAAGUUCAAAGCUCCGAGGCAUCAUUGCCUCUAACAGCGGUGGCAGUGGAAGAGAACAUCUCAGGAGAAACUGUCAAGAUUUUAGAAACAGCUGGAACUUUGGAGUCUGCAGAUGCACAUUUCGUACUGGAAGAGAAAUCAGUAAAAGAUGAAGCCUUUCCUGCUCAGCUGGGGGAAGAUGCAGUGCCUGUGGGGACUGAGUCUCAGGCAGAAUCAUCACCAGUAAUGGUAUCUGCUACCCCUGAGAAAGGCACCAGUGCUGACCUGGAACAAGAUCAAACCACAUCACAGAAAGAGAAGUCAGAGGAAGAAGGUGAGCAGGUUAGUCGUCGGGAAGUCAGAGUGACAGAAACAGGAGAGGAAGAUUUAAAGGCUGAAAAUGAGAUUCUGAAACUUCAGACUGAGAGCUGUAAACUUGUACAGAACGUCAUUCAGACAGCCGUUGACCAGUUAGUAAGUGUAGAAGAAACAGCCACUGACGGCCGGACACCGGCCCAACUGAUGAAAGCUGACAACCAGGAAGCCGGGCAGGAAGUUGAAAAAGAAGAAAGGGAAUUUCAGGCCUCUGUAGAGGAUGAAACACUAAUUACCACUGGAGCCAAAGAGGAGUCCGCACUCGCCACCGUGGAACAGACACACUCAGAUCUUUCCAGAGACGUGAACGGAGCUUCAGAAGAGAUCACCACCCGUGAGGCCAAGAGUUCCGGUGUAAGUGACCAGCAGCUUGAAGAGGGAAUCCUCCCAGCCCCGGAGAAGAGAGAAGCGACCGGAACAAAAUCUGUGCUGGAAGACGAUCGUGCUGGGUUGGGAGAAAGAAUAGGGAAGUCGCUGUCUGAAUCCCAGGAAGAUGAAAAAGGUGAUGAUUACUUUGCAAAUCAAACUUCAGCCCUGGAAGAUGCUGAGGCCUUGGGAGGCCUAACCAAAGAGUCCCCAGAUGCAAAUGGACCAAAACUACAAGAGAAAGAAAUCGAAUUUCAUGAAGUAGAAGAGCAUAGCGAGUCAGAAAAAGAGAUCAAAACACAAACACAGGAGGAGGCACAGAAACAAGGGAGAGAACCAGAAACAUCAGAACUUACAGAAUCCUAAAACAUCGUUUACACUCGUGUAUUUGCAAGACCGGAAUGUGAAGCCAAGAAGUAGAAGAAAAUGCUGCUGAUGAGACUCAAGACCAACGUUUGAGAACUUUGAGAAGCGAAGAACAGGCACAUCAAUGGAUCUCAUUUCGAGAGAACGCCGACAAUCCUGAGGCUUCGUCAGGAGCUAUGACCACCUAACGUUUCCUCUUUUCAAGACCACCCUGUCGUUUUUCCCUUAAUACCAUAUAAUGUUUCUCAUUUAAGGUUCUAAAUUCCUAACCUGGUACUGGAAUUGGCAAUACCUAGUUCAACUUCUCAAACUGGAUAUCGUUUUUUAUGUAUUUAUGUGUAUGUUUUAAGUAAUCUUCCUCCUGUAUCUAUUGUAUAUUUUUUUCUUAAUGUUUAAGGAAAUGCGCAGUAUAGAACAUUUCUUUUGUAUCACACAUUAUAUGACGGGGCACGUAGCCAUGGUGGAGCCUUGGGAAGCUUUAAGCCUCCGUUAUAACCUGUGAAAACAGAGCUUCCUAGAAAUAACAUUCCGGAUCAGAAACUACAAUCCUUAUUUUAAAAUUCACUAGGAAUUAGGUCCAUGUUUAGUAUCACUCCAAAACUGGUCACUUUCCUAUUACGCACAGUGUGCUAAAAAUAAAAAACGCGCUUUUUUUUUUUGGAAACAUACAGAAUGUUCCAUAGUUACUGUGAUAGUUUUCUUUCUAGCCCAGUGGUGGAGGUUCGAAGGAAGUGUUUUCAGUAGCGGAUUAACUUUAAGUUUUUUCCUCCUAAUCGUUAUGGUUGUUUGGACAGAUGAGUAUGCUUAAUCCUGAGGCAAAGUAGUUAAAUGUUUUUCAUACUCUCAAGAAAAGAACUGACUUUUAAGUUUUUGAUCCUAUUCUUACAUGCUGCACCACAUUCACACACAGCGUGAAGUAAGUCAGGUUCUUUACAAAUGGUAUUUUGAUAGAUGCUGGAUUUCGUCGGUGCCAUACUUGUGCCCACUCUUUUAAGAAUAAUGUUGCAUUAUGUUCAUAUGGAUAAAUUGUGAUUUGACAACCGGUUUAAAUAAAAUAUUUGCUUCACUUAGAUUUGCUGGUUUUAUUAGAUACUAGGAAGCCUGGGACAUAUGUUUACUGCAUUCUAAAAGCAGAAUAACAUGGAACUGUUAUGUAGUCGCUGUCUGAUGUCACCACUUUAUACCUGUUUGAGUGUAAGAGGAAGUCAUAGCAGAGAGGUAUCUGUCAGAAUAAACCAGGAGCUUUUCAGGUUGACGGUAUUGAUACAAUGCUACCAUCUUGUGGUGUCUUCCUGAAAAGGUCAAUUUUCUGUGUUAAUAUUUGUUAAUGACUAAUGUUUCUAGAAAGAAAUUUUAAGAAGACUUAACAGGAAAAAUGCCUUGCCUAACAAGUGAUCUUGGAAUUUUUUUUAAUGUUAAAAUGAUUUAUGAUUCUUGCUAAUACGUAAAUGAUUCAAACAGUUGCCACGCAAAGCACAGUCACCUAUCUACCAUAAAAUUCCACUUUUUUACAUGUAGAACUGACCUGGCAUAUAUACUUCCUAAACUUUACUCAAACUCAUCACUCCAGUUUGAGAACUUAAUUUUGACUGCUGGUUACUGAUUUUAAAACAUAACAUUCUAGAAAGACUAGAAUAGUCUUAUAGCAGAAAGGUAAUUUUCUGUUAAAACUGGAAAGUAGUUUCUCUUACACCCACAAAUCUGACUACAAUAAAAAAUUGGCUACAGUAGAAAGACACCUCAUAAUAGUGUACGUACGGCCUUGUGGUUGGAAAACAUUUAAUAUCCUUUUAGGAGUUACUCUCAAAUAUAACCACCUGUGAUUAAUUAGUAAACUUUAAAAUCCCCAAAUUAAAAAAAAAAAAAAACAAAAAAAACCCCUAUGAUCUAAAUAGCUUUCUUUUGCCAACUUGAGACUUAAAAGUGCUGGUGUCAAUUUUUGGAGAUGACAGCAAUUUGUAAGGAGUUUAUGAUAGUGCCAAAUAUUGACUUAACUUACUUUUCCAUUGACUUCCUCUAUGCAGGAGAAACUUUGUGCUAUUUUGCACAGAUGAAAGAUUUGUGUAGUUUGUGGUAAACAGAUUUUUGGUUUAAAUUCCAUCCUGCUACGUCAUCCCAUUUGUAUUGACGUGAUCAGGUCAUCACAAUUGGUCUUAUGGUGGUAGUUGCUUCAUGACUGAUUUUCAUACUAAUAUCUGGAUGUGCCCUGGAUUAUUUCUGUACAAGCUCUGUACCUGUGUCCAUUAAGCAACAUUGUUUUAUUAAGAAGAGGAAUGCAAUUAACAGGAGCAUGAACUAUAAUUCUGUAUUAUAAUACUCAAGCUGCCGUUAAUUUAGGAAAUUCGUAACCAAGUGUAAACUGCAGAAAUUGGAGCAAGUGCCUAAAUUUUGCUAUUUUUGGCAUUACUGUGGAACCAUGUACAAUAGAAAGCAAUGCAAGAUUUGUAAACUCUUACCACUUGUAAUCGAGGCCUAUUAAAUGUUCCCCUUCGGGUUAUUUUGCUAAUGGUACAGGAGUUGCCUCUGUCUACACAUAUACGUUGUUCCAGAAAUUUCCUUUGAUAUUUGGAACUACAGAUGGUCAAGGGCUGAAAUUUUUAGCUUUCAGUGUAAGCUUCAAGCCUAGCAGUUUUCUUUAAUCUGAGACUAUUUGAUUCCUAGUUCUGUUUGGAGGCAAAUUUUCAUUUAUCUAAAUAAAAUGCAACCUAAUUAAAUGCCA